AGAGCCUCGAAGAAAUCGUCGAAGGCGCCGCUGCCCGCCGCUCCUUCCUCGCUGCUGGACUCCGAGGAGGAGGAGGAGUCCAAGCCCAUGAGCUACGACGAGAAGCGCCAGCUGAGCCUGGACAUCAACAAGCUGCCCGGGGAGAAGCUGGGCCGGGUCGUGCACAUCAUCCAGUCCCGCGAGCCCUCGCUGCGCGACUCCAACCCCGAGGAGAUCGAGAUCGACUUCGAGACGCUCAAGGCCAGCACGCUCAGGGAGCUCGAGAGAUACGUGCUGUCGUGUCUGAGGAAGA